AUGGUGUUCUACCCUGUGAAGCAAAUACGAAAAUGCUCGGCACUGUCGUACCCCCAAAUACAUACAGAAUUUUCAUCCAAAAAAGUGCGACGGAAAUUCAUAGAUUUCUUCCAGGAACAGUACCAACACCGUGUAGUGCCGUCCUCCCCUGUCCGACCCCGGGGAGAUCCCAGUCUACUGUUUGUGAACGCAGGCAUGAACCAGUUUAAACCGAUCCUUCUGGGCUCUGUGGAUCCUCGCAGUGAAAUGGCGUCAUACCGAAGGGUCGUCAACAGUCAGAAGUGUGUUCGCGCUGGAGGCAAGCAUAAUGAUCUGGAAGACGUGGGGAGGGAUGUCUAUCAUCACACCUUCUUUGAGAUGUUGGGAAACUGGUCCUUUGGAGACUAUUUCAAGGAGGAGGCCUGCUCCAUGGCUUGGCGUCUACUCACAGAGGAGUAUGGAAUACCAUCUGACCGUCUUUAUGUCUCCUACUUUGCCGGGGAUGCAGCAUCUGGUUUACCUGAAGAUGAGGAAACUCGACAAAUAUGGCUCAGCUUAGGGGUUCAGCCAGAUCGCAUUCUCCCAUUUGGGAUGAAGGAUAACUUCUGGGAGAUGGGAGAGACGGGGCCCUGUGGCCCAUGUACAGAGAUUCACUACGAUCACAUCGGCGGCAGAAAUGCUUCCUUGCUUGUCAACGCAGAUAGUCCAGAUGUCGUAGAGAUCUGGAAUCUGGUCUUUAUGCAGUACAGCAGGGAGGCAGACCAGAGCCUGAGGCCUCUGCCACAGUGCAGUGUGGACACUGGGAUGGGGCUGGAAAGACUAGUGACUGUGCUUCAAGGCAGACGUUCAAAUUAUGAUACUGACCUCUUCACUCCUCUUCUGUCAGCUAUUCACCAGAGCUCUAAAGUCCCAGCAUAUUCUGGAAGAACUGGAGAAGCAGACAUGGGGAAAACUGACAUGGCGUACCGUGUUGUAGCAGAUCACAUCCGCACUCUGUCUGUUUGCAUCGCAGACGGAGUCUAUCCUGGCAUGUCAGGAGCGGAGUUGGUGUUGCGCCGUAUUCUGCGACGUGCAGUCCGUUUUUUUACCGAGGUGCUGCAGGCUCCCCCAGGAGCAUUGGCAAGCCUGGUACCAACUGUAGCCCAUAUUCUGGGUGAUGCUUACCCAGAAUUACACACAGAGACUGAGAGGAUAAUGGAUAUUAUAAAUGAAAACGAAGCACAGUUCUUAUCCUCUCUGAAGCAAGGGCAGCGAGUUAUCGACAGGACGGUUAAUAAAAUGGGUAGCAAUACUUCUGUAUUCCCAGCCUCUGUUGCCUGGUCUCUUCAUCGGAAUUUGGGAUUUCCUGUGGAUCUCAUCGACUUGAUGCUUGAGGAAAGAGGCUUGGCUGUGGAUAAAGCUGAAAUGCAUCUCGUAGCAGCUGAGAAUGAAAAGGCUCAGAAGUCGGAGGACGAGAGCGUAGACCAUCUCGACCUACACAGCCUAGCAGAGCUGCAGCGCAGAGGGGUGCCGCACACAGACGACUCACCCAAGUACCACUACCACCUGGGAGAAGAUGGCAGAUAUGUGUUCCCUCCCUGUAAGGCCACGGUCCAGGCACUGUACUCUGGACAGGCUCUUGUGUCAGAGGUCAAAGAGGGUCAGCGUUGUGGCGUGAUUCUGGACCGCACCUGCUUUUACGCUGAGCAAGGAGGACAGGAUCAUGACCACGGCUACUUUAUACGGGAUGGACUACAAGACGUGUUGUUCCCGGUAGAAUCUGUUCAGUUGGUCGGAGGUUAUGUGGUCCACCAAGUCACGGUCGCAGAGGACUUGCGGACAGGAGACCAAGUCCAGCUCUAUGUAGAUGAAGCCCAGAGACUGGCUUGUAUGGUGAAGCACACAGCUACGCAUGUCCUGAACUUCUCCCUCCGUCAGUUGCUGGGGCCGGCCGUGGCUCAGAGAGGCUCCCAUGUGGCUGCAGACCGUCUUCGCUUUGACUUCAGUGUUAAGGGCUCUCUGAGUGUCCCUCAGCUGCAGAACAUUGAGGCGAUGAUCCAGGAUGUCAUUCAGAAGAAUGAGGCUGUGUAUACUGAAGAAGUUCCACUCUCUACAGCCAAGAAAAUCCCUGGCCUAAGAACAGUUGAUGAGGUGUAUCCAGAUCCAGUUAGAGUGGUAUCUGUGGGAGUUCCUGUACAUGAUCUACUUGGCUCCCAGACAGAGGAACCCAUGUCUGUGGAGCUCUGCUGUGGAACGCAUUUGUUGAGAACAGGCGGGAUCCGUGACUUGGUCAUUGUGUCGGAACGACAGAUGGUGAAAGGGAUCAGCCGCGUUGUGGCUGUCACAGGAGACGACGCAAAAGAGGCUCGUGAGGCGGGGCAGGCCCUGUUGGAGGAGGUGGAGUCACUUACAGCACGCAUUGCUGCAUCCAAUGCCCCCACCCUGCUGACAGCACAUAGGCUAUCCAAAGAAGUUGGCCUUUUGACUGAUGCAGUUGAGAAUACACCCAUACCACAGUGGCAGAGGAGAGAACUUCAGACCCAUCUGAAGGCUCUACAGAGAAGCACCAACACAACCAUUAGGAAACUGGAAACCAGUGAGGCUGCCAGGAAAGCAGAGGAGCUAUUAAAAAAGCAUGCGGACAAGACUGUGGUCGUGGACAUUGUGGAUACAGACUCAAUUUCGGUUGUGAUGAAGACUGUCAACCAGCUGAGUAACCAUGUUCCAGGCUCACUAGUCAUGCUCCUGUCUCACCAGCAACCAUCAGGGAAGGUUCUGUGUGCCUGUCAGGUACCAAAGGGUUUUAGUGCCUUGUCUGCCAAUGACUGGGCCCUGGCAGUCUGUUUGCGUUUGGGUGGCAAUGCAGGAGGCUCUGCUACCGUGGCAAAAGGCACCGGCAGGACCGCAGAUAUAACGGAGGCGCUGCAGUGGGCUGAGGAGUUUGCCUGGGCAAAAAAAACUGGCCAAAGACUGUGAGCAAAGUCACUGAAUUUUAAUUCUCCAUGAUCUCUAUCUGGGGAAUGAAAAUUGGAAAGGAAUGAUAACUCUUCAGCUGUCUAAGCCUCAUAUCUAAUGCUUAUGAAUAUCACACAGCAUUGUCUGGGAACACAUAAAUGUAUAUAAUUUACAUUAUUAACUAACUGUAAGUUACUGGGAAAAUUGUAUUUAAAAGAAGAGUACGUAUUUAAAAGUGGAGCAUGAAUGUAAAAUGGAACAUGUUUUAUUUUGAUCUUUUGUUAAAGAUGGUCUGUAUUUUCUUUGUUUUAAAAGGAAUAAAGACACAGGGAAACAUG